CUGCGCACCAACCAAAACCACAGUGCGUCACUUCCGACUACAAACGCUGAAGCCCAAGGCCGGACUCAGGUCACGGGACUGUGGUCAUCGCUUAGGGUGCCAACGCAAGCGUCUAUGGGAAAUGUUUUCAUUUCUGGGCUCCCUAAGUCAAAUUUAGUUCAUGUAAACUACAAAUCCCAGGAUAAUCAGAUGAGAGUGACCUCAUCAUAACAAGAAGGCGUGUGACGUGUUAGGAACAGGAAGAACUGUGGCUUGAGUCUCUGGUGAAACAAUUGUAGAGAAGUAUUAUUUUGUCAAGGAUGGCCUACGUUAAGAGUGGCUGGCUUCUUCGUCAAAGUACUAUUCUACGGAGAUGGAAAAAUAACUGGUUUGACCUGUGGUCCGAUGGCUGUUUGGUUUUCUAUGAUGACCAGCAUUGUCGGGACAUGGAGGAUAAGAUACACAUGAAAGUGGACUGUAUCAACAUCCGCUCUGGGGACAUGUGCCGAGAUUUCCAGCCUCCAGAGGGAAAGGGGAGGGAUUGUUUACUGCAGGUGGUGUGCAGAGACGGGAGGACCAUCAACCUCUGUGCUGAAAGUGUGGAUGAUGCUUUGCCAUGGAAGAUGGCUCUUCAGGAUUCUAGAGUAAACAUGACAUCGAAUGGCUCUCCUCUAGGAUUCACAGAAUCCACUUUUGCCUCUGCUCCACGCCCCUACACUGAGUAUGCAGCACCUGUUCAACAGGUUGACAACUAUGACCCUCAUGGAGCCUAUGGGCCAAUGCCACCUCCUGGCUCUCAAGUUGUUUAUGCAUCGAAUGGGCAGCCUUAUGCAGUGGCUUACCAGUAUUCAUACCAAGGGCAUUACCCACCACCAGGAGUGAACCAGGUGAUUGUUCGAGAGCAGUACCGUGACGACACUGGAGACAUCGCGAUGGGCGUGCUGGCCGGAGCAGCAACAGGAAUGGCACUUGGAUCACUCUUCUGUGUCUUUUAAAUAUCACAGUCCAGUUAGCAGUGGCUUUAAAUUACAGAGGCAUUGUUCUUGUGAUGUAGAAGUGAGUUCCUUCGUCUGUGCUAGCACACUUACCAAAGCCUUUAAUGUAAAGAAAACACUAGCACUUUCUGACUAGUUUGUGCAUACACUCCUUUUAGCGCCGAUUCUGUGAAUGUACUUACAAGAAGAAGUUAAUAAGUAGUUAAUACAAAUGGAAAAGGUAAUGGUUUGUUUAGUAGACUUUCAAUAUUAUAUUACUGUCUCCAUUUCUUGUUGCAUGCCAUUAACCCACUCAUGAUGUUUCUUCUUUACUACAAGAUUUUUUUUCCCUUUAUUUAUUUAUUUAUUUAUUUAUUUAUUUUUUUAUUUUAUUUUUUUAAUUCUUUUUAAAUAUACAUGCUUAAAGAUUCUGAAGUUUGUUUUAGUUUUUGUUCCCAAGAUGUUUAGUUUUCAGUAUACGCUACUUUCUCAUGAAAUUGAUUUAAAAAGUGCAGGGAUAUUUAUUUUCUUUUCAUUUUUGUGUGUUAAUAAUCUCUUUAUAAUUAAUGUAUCUGGGUUUUGGUAUUUUUGUGUGUUCUACUAAUUUACCAGAAAACUUGGAGAGUGCACCCAAAUAAUUUAAACUUCAGAACAGCUGCAGUAUUGUUUUUUGCUGCUAAUUAAUACAAUUUCUUUAACUUGUUUAAUUGGUCUGGUGUGAGAUGUAUCAAAUAACAUGUUGCACCAUUUAAACUAAAUAAGUUUGUUCAAAUCUUUGGGUUUGUUUGUGUCGUUUAGUAAUACUAUAUACUAUAAUACUAUCUUCCCUGCUGCUUUUUGGUUGUCUUUUGUCUUCUUAAAACUAUGUUCCCUUCCAUAUGAAGCUAUGUUUUUGUGGUUGAAUGUUGAAUUUUACCACAUUUCUUGUGACCAAUGCUUACCUAAAAUCGAGCUGUGGCUUGGUUUUUACUUCUAUAGAUUCUGGAACACCCCACAGUAUGAAAAUAGAUUGGUCUGCGUGAAAUAAGUUUGUUUUAUUUAUUUGUUGGUAGGGGAAACAAGUGCCCCCAAAUAGUUCUAGUACCAUAGCCAUAUCUAAAUGUAAAACAAGGACUAGAAAUGGGUAGUCAGUUAGUGUAUACUGAAAGGAUUUUCAUUCAGUUAAAAAUGCAGUAUAUUUUAAAGCAUUUGGAUAAAAAAAAAAAAAAAAAAAAAAAAAACAA